AUGAGUCUGACUGCCGCCGCCUCCCGGAAGAGAGUCGAGGGGGACACCUUGAAAUACUUCGUGGAGGAUCCCGGCAGCGGGACGCUUUACAAGCGGGGACCGCUUUUGGGGCAGGGAGCAUUCGGACAAUGCUACAAAUUUACCGACACGUCCACCAACAGAGUCUAUGCCGUGAAGGUGCUCUCUCUACAGCGGGCCGCAAGGCUGGGAAACCACGGAAAGGUUCAACGCGAGAUCGAGCUGCACAGCCAGCUCCAGCACAGGAACGUUGUGCGGUUCCACCGACAUUUCGCUGACCAGGAGAACAUCUACCUGGUGCUGGAAUACUGCAGUAGGAAGUCCCUGGCCCACAUUCUGAAGGUCCGGGGGACGCUGAUGGAACCGGAGGUGCGGUUUUACCUGAAGCAAAUCACCAGGGGCCUGCAGUACCUCCACCAGCAAGGGAUCAUCCACCGUGACCUCAAACUGAGCGCCCUGGGGACCCGGUCCUCAGACCUCUCCGUGCCCCACACGCCCCUUCCAGGCAAUGUGUUCGUCACCAAGCACAGGCAGGUGAAGAUUGGCGACCUGGGCCUGGCAAUGCGGGAAGAGCAGGCCUGCUGGAGGAGAGGGGUAGUCUGUGGGACCCCCAAUUACCUGGCCCCCGAAAUCAUCGCUAAGAAGGGGCACUCCUCCAAGUCGGACAUUUGGGCCCUGGGCUGCAUCAUGUACACCGCCCUGGCCGGCUUCCCGCCCUUCGAGGUCAUGCGGAAGCAGGAGCUGUUCCAGAGGAUCCGAGAGGGCAGCUACCCCCUCCCGGGCCACCUCUCCCCAGCCGCCCGGAGCCUGAUUGGGAGGCUGCUGGCCCCCAACCCAUCCGGCCGCCCCAGUCCAGAAGAAGUGCUCAGCCACCCCUUCUUCACCCAGCACUUCGGCCUGGCCAGGCUCCCCUCGUUCGCUUGUCGCUCUGCCCCCGUUUUCCCUUUUGCCAGCCGGCUUGGAAAGUUCUUCCAGAAAGCAGCCGGUCUCCUUUCCUGGGGCUCCCCUUGUCAGCAGCCCAGCCACGCUGUGAGCCCUGCACCCCAAAAACAGGAGGAGAGACCACAGCGGCAAGGAGUGGGACCUGUUGCCCCUCCCCACUUGGAAGCCCGAGAGGGGAGCAGGGGCCCCAUGGAGGAGCCCAGCUGCUUCCCCCCCUUGCUCCGGAGAGGCUCCCUGCGCAGCCGGCUGCCCGAAGAGGCCGACCGGGGCCCUGGCAGAGUGCCGGAGAGCAUAGACCGACGGCUGUGCUGCUGCUUGCAGGUGACCCGCCUGGUGGAAGAACUGCCCGAAGGCCUGCACGGUGCCAGUCCUGCCCACAUGGCCACCCAGUGGGCAGACUACUCCUAUAAGUCCGGGUUUGGCUACCUGCCCUCCAGUGGCUCUACUGCAGCGCUACUCCCCGGUGGGACCCACGGGGCCUUUUGCCCCCAGCAUCAGCGCAUCUGCUACGGCCGGGAGCCCACGCCAGACCAGCCCGGGCAGAGCAGCCAGGAGCCUUUCCCUCCUGCGCUGUGCAAAGCCCUCCUGGUGCUCCUCAGGGACAGCCCCCUCCAGGUGGGGGGAGGCUGCCCCAGCCGCAGUGGGCCAGACCUUUCCACCCGCUCGGGCGGGCAGGGGGGGCUGAGGAAAUCCUGGGCCAGCUCUGACCACCCAGAGAGCAGAGGCAGGUUGGGGCCUGCAAAGACCAGCAAAGGGCCCCCAGCAGCCACACCCGCGCUAACCCCAACCUUGCUGGAACAAUCCUCGGGCACCAGUGAAUUUUACCAGGACGGCACCAAGAUUGUGUUCGGCCGCUCGGCCGAGGGAGAGGACCUCUUGACCUCCGUGGACUGCCAACGUUACAGCACCACCUUCCCUCUGGGCACCCUGGCAGGGCAGGGCUGGACACCGCCCCCGUGUGAGCGGGUGCAAUACGCCCUACACUUGCUGCGCUGCCUCUAG